AUGCUUGGCAGCGAAUAUGUGAUACCAAGGCUGUCUAAGCACUUUGCUUCAUUGCCUUCUUGCGCCAAUGCCACCAGCAACUCCUCCCUUUGCACUGGCAGUCCCCCAUACAGUUUUUUGGGAAGACUUCUGGCAAGUUUCCUUGACAGUAGAGAUGCUGUGGCUCCCGCCAGUGCCCAACUAACGGUUCUCAAAUCUGCCCUCUUUAAUGACCUUUCCCAAUUCAGUCUGAUUAUUACGCUGCUGCUCUUCUGGAUCUUGAUUCCACCCUGCAUCCAGUUCUUCGCCGGUGUCUCUGCUUGCCGACGUCGUCGAAACUCCAAAGCUCACCCAACUUCUCGUUGCCUAGAGAUCACUUUUAUACUCUUCUUUAUCUGUUGGCUCUGUUUUCACGGGAUACUUCUCGCCAGACUUGUGUAUUCCUCUUCCCAUGCGGACUCCGGGCCUCCCUCGCUUUCCCGAAAUUCCAGCCAAUCGCUUAACGCCAGGACAUUUAUUGACCGAGUGAACGCGUUGGGGGUCGAAUCCUUUCGGCUUGCGAACUCAACAGUCGAAAAAUCGAAGGUCACGAUCAACGAGCUGGUAUUGGGUCUGAAGUCUGACCUCAGCCAGACCGCAUUCGGUGAAAUCGGGGAAAUAACUGACCAGUUUUUGAAGUACACUGAUUUGGAGAGAGCUCUUGCCAUGCUACUGGAUCUGGCGCAAAUGCUGGUCAGUAGGCUGGAACGAGGCCUACAUGACCGCACCAGCGGUACGAGGACCUUCUUUGAGGAGUUUCGACUAGAGAGCAGUCUUGGGCUCUUCAACAUGCUGGGCCUCCUGCCCUUCAAUGUGAGCGAAGUGCUCGCGCAGUUACACGGUGCCGCACAGAUGCGUACGGAGCUAGAGGCAUCUCUUCGUCAGAAAACACAGAAUCUCUUUGCCUCGUUGCCACUACCACAGAACCGCAAUGACACGACAUGGUUGAAUCCCUACUUCAGUGGUAAGUUCUCGGUCGAUGCAGCGAGUCCGCGGCAAACAUGCCGGGAGUCUGCUGAGGUGGUCUUGAGUUCGACUGUUACCGCUGCCAUGGCCGCCGUCACCUCGGAGACGGAGGAGGAGAGUUCAGCCUCGGAAAGCGGCUUAUUGGAUGUUAAACAGAAUUCUGUGGAAAGGAUGAAGCUGCUGUCAAAGUCGGAAAGUAGCAUUUCCGGCAGCGUCAUGCAGAUAGUUCUCCCUAUCGCUCGUGAGGAGCCGGACUGCCUGAAGCUACUACCGUCCGUACAGGUGGUGAGUUCCGGUUUGACACUAAUCAUCCGGUUAUAA